AUGGGGGAAGCCAGUCGAGCAGCUCUGGCGGCCGCAAAAGUCAAGCCCCAUCAGAUUGAGGCCCUGAGUCUGGACACCACCAACUGCACUGUGGCGCUGCGCCCGUGCCUGCUCUGGAUGGACAUGCGGUCGGCCGCGCAGGCGGCUAGGGUGGCGGCGAGCGGCGACUCGGCCUUGAUCGUCAAUGGCGGAGGCAAGGGACCCGUCUCGGCUGAGUGGAUGGUCCCCAAAGCCCUGUGGCUCAAGGAGGAGGAGCCGGAAGUGUAUGCAGCUGCAACAUACAUCUGCGAGUACCAGGACUUCAUCAACUUCAGGCUCACGGGCUGCAUGUGCGCUUCUGUGAACAAUGUGUCUGCUCGGUGGCACUACGACACCCAGAGGGGCUGGCCCGACACCCUGCUCCAGCACCUCGGCAUGCCAGAGCUGCUGGAAAAGUGGCCCCAGGAUGUGCUCCCCCUCGCUGAAGUGGUGGGAGGGCUGACACAGGAAGCUGCUGAGCACCUGGGCCUCGCCCCCGGCACCCCGGUGGCCCAGGGCGGCGUGGAUGCCCAGAUCGGGAUGCUGGGCCUGGGGGUGAUUGACCCCGGAUCGCUGGCGCUCCUCAUGGGCUCCAGCCACCUGCACUUGGGCGUCACCGACCAGAUGCUGCACGGCUCUGGCAUGUUUGGCACCUACCGCGACGGCCUGUGCCCUGGCAUCAGUGUGGUGGAGGGAGGCCAGACCUCCACCGGCUCCGCCGUAGCCUGGCUGCAUCGCCUGCUGGGCUCCCCCGGCUAUGCUGAGCUGGACAAGGAGGCGGCUGGCGUGCCGCCGGGGGCGGAGGGACUGUGUUCCAAUGUGCCCCCUUUGCCAAAGGGCCACAUGCAUCGCGCCUUGCUGGAGUCCAUCUGCUUUGGGACAGAGCUGGUGCUCGAGACGAUGCGUGACAACGGCUUCCACCCGGCUUCCAUCACUUGCGCGGGGGGCCCCACCAGAUCCGACUUCUGGCUCCAGCUCCACGCCGACAUCAGCAACAUCCCCCUCCGCCUCACAGAGGUGGCAGAGGCGCCUGCUCUGGGGAGUGCCAUCCUGGCCGCUGUUGCAGCGGGCUGGUACCCCUCCAUCCCAGAUGCAGUGCGGGGCAUGGUGCACAUCGCACGCACCGUGCAACCCAACCCAGCCGUGCAUGAAGCGUAUAGGGAGUCCUACGCUGCGUAUAAAGAGCUGUACCCCGCUCUACGACCCACGUUCCAUGCCGCUGCAGCCAGAGACUCAGCCAGGCGGCAAGCGCAGAAGGGCGCCAGGGCGUCUGCGUGA